AUGAGAUCUGCCCGCGACAGCCUGAACCUCGAGGUGUUCAAGUUUGGCGUCUACCUGGCCAUCCCCGCGCUGUUGACGGCGUGGUGUGCCGACCCUGAUCGUGUGGCGUGGCUCGCCAACACCAAGCGCUACAUUGUGUACCCGUCGACUCAGCACACCAGGGAAAGCUACCAGGAACAGCUCGAGAAGGUCGACGAGAUCGUCGACGGCAAGGGACGUCAGAAUCGCAAGGCUUAG